AUGAACAGUUUCACCGAGAGGGCAGCUGCACGCUUCGACGGAAAGUUCCUCAACGAUGUCUUCUUUAUAGAAGUUUUCUGUGGAACCAGCCGUUUGACGGCGUGUGUCAGAGCAGGCGGGCUGCCUGACAGUUUUGGAGUUGAUCACAAGAUCCACAAACAGGCCAAGAGCCCUGUGGUUAAGCUGGACCUCGUUCAAAACGACCAGCUCGCUUUGCUUUGGAGCUUUGUGGAGGACCCUGCAUGCGCUGGGGUGCAUUUGGCACCGCCAUGCGGGACAAGUUCGCGUGCCCGUGAAAUCGUUCUGGAGGGCCGGAAAGCACCACGACCGCUCAGGAACGAGACUUGUCCUGACGGGAUCCCUUCCCUCCAAGGGAGUGAAAAAGUCCGAGUUUUUCAGGCAAACCGCCUCUAUUCCAUCACUGGAGAGAUUUUCAGACGUUGUACACAAUUGGGCGUCCCAGCAUCCGUGGAGAAUCCGGCAAGGAGUUGGAUGUGGGAGACGUCCUUCUGGCUGGAUAGCGUGGGUGCUACCACAUUCUAUGAGACAUACUGCCAUCAUUGCAUGUAUGGAUCGAGCAGAAAGAAGUGGAACAAGUUUGUUCACAACUUUGUCGAGCUGAGCGGAGUUUCGGCCUUGUGUGAUGGGACUCACGAACAUUUGCCCUGGGGCUAUUCUCAUGAUGGAAAUUUUUCCACCAGCGAAGAAACAGCCUAUCCGUGGAAGCUUUGCAAAGCUCUCAGUCAUGCUUACGCUGCAGCCUGGUUUGCAUACGGAGCAAUUGGCGCACCGUUGGAGCUUGAAGCCGUCGUGAAUCAGCACGAGCUGCAGUUGGCGCAGAGCUACGCCAACAAGCAAACCAGGAAACGGAUUCCCCCGCUGGUCAAGGAAUUUCGUGAGAUCGUGGUUCUGCAAGGGCCUUCUUCGUUAUUGCCGGUCGACAAGCUUGACUCAGACUGGGCUAUUCCUCUGCAGUUCAAGCAGAACCCGGAAGUGAAAGUGCUGCCCAGCGGAUCGCGUAUGCUGAGGGUCCAGAACACGGGGGGUCAGGCGGGCCCCUCAGAAGGCAACGAAUUGGAGAAGGCUGCGCCCUUUGAUUCAAGUUUUGAUGACACUCUUGAACCAGAUUGCGAAGCCGUGUUUGGGGUUCCUUGGAGUGUGGAUGAGUUCCUCGAAAGGGCUGCGAGCCUUGUCCACCCCAGAAACUUGCAUUCCGGAGUGCCGAUCGAGCUCAAGGAUGCCAUUGAUUGGGCUUCUUGGAGGAGCUCUUGUGACAUGCGAAAUUUCAGAAUCGGGGUGAUCAAGGAGUGGCUACUUCUUGCAAGGGAUCUCAACAGUGCAGAGAAGGAAAUCAGGUUGAGCCUUGAACCCCAUGUUAGGACUGUGCUCGGGCAGAAGCGUUUGAAGCUUUUCGAACACAUGCUACGGCAAAGUGGCCAUGGGGAUGUCAGUUUGGUGGAUGACAUCAUGAAGGGCUUUGACAUCGCGGGUGACAUUCCUAAAUCCGCAGUCUUCAGGAAGAAGUUCAGGCCUGCAGAGCUGACUGUUGAUUCGUUGAGACGGAACGCCAAAAGGGUCAGGAGUGGCAUUUUGCAAUCUGUCCAUGCUGAGGGAGAUCGAUUGGGAUCGGACCAUGAACUGGCGCAAGCAGUUUACGAUGCGACCAUGAAGGAGCUGUCUUUGGGCUACCUGCGCGGCCCCUACGCCGAGUCCGACUUGGGGCCCGAGUGUUCCAUCACGAGGAGAUUUGGUGUGAGGCAGGGACAGAAAGUUAGACCCAUUGACAAUUACACUGAGUCGCAACUGAAUCAGACGACCACUGUUCAUGAGACCAUAACUCUGCAUACUGCGGAUGUGAUUGCGGCGGCGUCUUCGUACAGGCUGGGGUUGACGGAUUGCACUGACAGAAGGUGUUUGCAAGGGAAGAGCUGGGAUUUGAAACGUGCGUACAAACAGCUCCCACUUUCGAAGCGCGCUCUUCAAGACAGUUACCUCGCAGUCUUGAACCCGAAGUCUUUGGAAGUUGAACUCUUUGGCCAGUAUGUCUUGCCUUUUGGAUCUACAGCAUCUGUCAACUGCUUCGGUCGCCUCAGUUACGCGUUGUGGAGAACCGCGGUGGUAUGUCUGCGAAUCCAUUGGACGGUUUUCUUUGAUGACUUUCUCUGCGUGGAGGAGAAGGCCUUGUGCGAGCACACUCAGUGGGUCGUGGAUACAUUCUUCAGACUUACUGGCUGGGAAAUCUCCGAGGACAAGGAGUUCCCCUUUGGCAGUGAAAUGGUCGCUUUGGGACUGGUGGUUGAUUUGUCCAAUGCUUCACGAGGUUUCUUCAGCCUUGCCAAUACUGAGAAACGGAAACGUGAGGUGACAGAGGAAAUCGAUUGCGUGAUCAAAAGGGGGAGCCUGAGCGCGAACGAGGCCCUCAGUGUCAGAGGCCGGUUGCAGUUUGCGGAAAAUCAGAUCUGCGGGAGGAGAUCGGUUCUAGCCAUGCGGGCCAUAUCGCGUCACGCUUCGUCGAGCGGGGGCAGACUGGGAACGCGUUUGGUUGAGUCUCUGAUGUACUUGAAGAUGAGAGUUGGGGGCAUGGGUCCGCGAAUGAUUCGUGCAGGCGCGGUUGAUACCUUGCAUGUCUAUGUUGAUGCAUGUUGCGAGCAGCAGAGCAGUGUUCCAGCAGGCCUUGGAGGAGUCCUGAUUGAUCCGAACAAAGGAACGCAAAGCUUCUACAGUUUGAUGUUGGACGGGGCGCAACUGCUGCGGUUCAACACUACCGGGAGUCAAAACCCAAUUUUCGAGUUGGAGCGCAUGGCGAUCUUCAUUUCUUUGCACACCUGGCGCAACGUACUGCGCGGCAAGAACUUGGUGGUUUUCACGGACAAUCAAGCGGCUCAGGCAUGCUUCGUGAAAUGCUUCAGUGAGAAUUCAGUUGGAAUGGGAAUCAUUCUUGCGAGUUGCGAGGAAGAGGAACGAAUGGAGGCUUGUUGUUGGUUUGAGCGAGUCAACACCGCCUCGAAUGUUGCGGACUCACCCUCUCGCAACGAUACGGCUCGGUUCAGACAGGAGGACAGAGCUGACUUGAUGGAGUGGGAUGAGUAUGUUUGCCUGUGCGAGCUUGCCUACGAAAGGCAUGGGGUGGUGGCUUCUGCGGCAAGUGUCGCUUGA